AUGAGUUUCGUCUGGGAGAGAAGGCAGACGACGCCCAUCGCCGUCUGUGCCAGGCGUUUGGGGAAGGAGUCAUCAGCGAGAAGACGUGCCUUCAAUCGGUUCGCUCGCUUAAAGUCCGGAAACUAUAGUGUCGAAAACAAGUUGAGGUCGGAACGCCCGUCGGAGUUGGAUGAUGAGUCGCUACUACAACUCAUGGAAGCCGAUCCCCGCAUGACCACUCGCCCCAUGGCCGCCGUCCUCGAGUGCUCCCACUCCACCAUUGCACACCUCCUGUCCACGAUCGGAAAGGUCUCGAAGCUCGGGAGUUGGAUACUCCUUGCUUUGACACAGAAGGACCUCGACCAGCGUAUCCUAAAGACACACACCAGUGGAGAAAAUGGAGAGGAAGACAUGCUGUGGUCUUUUGACCUUGAUGACUGGAAGCACGGUUGUUGGUGCAUUAUGGCUGAAUUCGAUAAGGCGGUAAUCGGUGCGAUGUGCUAUUUCUCAACGAUGAUCAUCAUCGACUCCAUCCUCAUUUAUGGGAUCCGCGUGAGGAAGAGGACACUGAUGAUUCCGUGGCUCUGCGUGGUUGCCCUGCAGCUGACAGCUGCGCUCAUCAUUUUCAUAAUAUUUAUCGUCGGUGCCAUACAACGUAAGACGGAUGCUGGUCCAUUACUGCUGGUCUCCUUCCUCUUCUUCGCUCCGUUUUUCAUGGCAACUAGCUUGUAUAAAGUUGUUUAUACCUACUUCAAGGAUCUUCGGAAUCAGAUGCAAUCCGGCCAAACCUUCCAAAUUGUCCUACCCUCACCAACCCAGCCUCAUCCACACGCCCAGGGUGGAUUCCAGCCCCUAGGAGUCCAAUACCUCCCACCUACUUUCGGGAAAUCCCAACCUGGAGGAAUUCAAUAUGCGCAACCUCCACAAGAAGAAUUUCAACACAUGACGAUUCCACGAGCUCACGUCAAUGCCCAGAUGGGCAUGGAGUGAACCAAUUCUCUGGAUGGCAUUUUCUGUCUCUUACUCUUUCCUUUUGUUUUUCUUAUACCAUUGAAUACUUAUACAAUAUCUUAUACCAUCACCCUGCUGCAUAUUCGGAGCUAUUGAUAUAUGCGAGUCGUAAGAGAUAUCUCAGAGGUUUUUUAGUGCUUCUUCCCGCGUUUUGCUUUCGAAUCUCUCUUGUGGGCGCAGAGCAGAAAUGUCCUCAUAUUGUGGAACGCGAAAGCAGCAUCAUGUUAGUUUUCUUCCCACUCUUUCAAUAUGAAGUUCACGAACCAAUCAAGAAAACCAGGUGGAAUGUUUCCAAUAAAAUUUGUAAGUCAAAGAAUAA